AUGGCAGAAGCAGCUGGACUCACACUUGGUGCUCUUGGAAUUGCUGCACUCUUCAACAACGCCCUUGAAUGCUUUCAGUAUGUUCGUGUAGCCAAAGAUUUCGGCCAAGACUUCGAGACAUACCGCAUCAGGCUCCAUCUAUCCGAGAUUCGGCUCUCUCAUUGGGGCAGUGCCGUGGGUGUUACAGACACGGACGAUGAGACACCUCUUCAUUGCUCUCCGGGCGAGCAAGAGAUCGCGCAACGGACGCUUGGACAGAUCAUCAAGCUAUUCCAGGUAACAGAGGAGAAGGCCAAAGGUUUGGAGAGAAGAUCAUCAGAGCCUGAGCUUAGCGAUCGCAUGAGGAAGUUGUGUGAUAAGAUGAACAAGCUGGCUCUGGGGAGAACGAACAAAGCAUCCAAGGCGAAGGACGGUUUGUACGCGAAGACGAAAUGGGCGCUGUUCUCUCGCGAAGGAUUCGUUAAUCUAGUCGAGUCUAUUACCAGCCUAGUCAACGAUCUUGAAUGCGCUUUCCCAAACGGUAUCAGGGAGAAGAGGGAGCGGUUGUGCAACGAAGACGUCGAGGAGCUUGUGGCGGAUGAGCCGGGGCUCUCGACUCUGUUGAAGGACGCCUUAGGCGAGGAUGACAAACAGAUGCAAAGCGUAUUGCAAAAGGCUGUUGCUGCGACGCAUCAGAAUACCACUACGUUUUCUGGCUCUGGUGAGAAUAGAGGGCUGCAACUAGGUCAGAAUUAUGGUUCGAUGACGAACACCUUUGGUAGUUAA